AUGCCCCGCCCCUCGCUGCCCCCACCCUCUCCGGGCUGCCUGAGAUGCUGUGGGAAGCAGUGGCCAGGGGAUGCCACUCGCAAGUGUCCUAGCCUUGGAGAGGCGUUGGACAAGUGGUGCUGUGCCGACCCCGCCCCAGGGUCCGGGGAAAUCGCGCUAGGUGGAAACUGGCUCCGCCAAGUUAAGGUGCUUUCCAAAAAGGCAUCACGGUUAGCACGAGGCAGAGCCACCAGCUCCUUGCCGCCGCCCAGGGCCGGGCCUGGCCGCGAGGAGCCUCCGCGCCGCCAGCAGAUCAUCCACAGCGGCCACUUCAUGGUGUCGUCGCCGCACCGCGAGCACCCGCCCAAGAAGGGCUACGAUUUCGACACGGUCAACAAGCAGACGUGCCAGACCUACAGCUUCGGCAAGACCAGCUCCUGCCACCUGUCCAUCGACGCCUCGCUCACCAAACUCUUCGAGUGCAUGACUCUGGCCUACAGUGGGAAGUUGGUGUCUCCAAAGUGGAAGAAUUUCAAGGGCCUGAAGCUCCAGUGGAGAGACAAGAUACGGCUCAAUAAUGCCAUCUGGCGGGCGUGGUACAUGCAGUAUUUGGAGAAGCGCAAGAAUCCCGUGUGCCACUUCGUCACUCCACUAGAUGGCUCUGUUGAAGUGGAUGAGCAUCGCAGGCCAGAGGCCAUCACCACAGAAGGGAAGUACUGGAAGAGCCGCAUUGAGAUCGUGAUCCGGGAAUAUCACAAGUGGAGAACCUACUUCAAGAAAAGGCUGCAGCAGCACAAGGAUGAGGACCUCUCCAGCCUGGCCCGGGAUGAUGACAUGCUUUAUUGGCACAAACGUGGGGACGGAUGGAAGACCCCGGUGCCCAUGGAGGAGGACCCACUGCUGGACACAGACAUGCUCAUGUCAGAAUUCAGCGACACCCUCUUCUCCACACUUUCCUCUCACCAGCCGGUGGCCUGGCCCAACCCCCGGGAAAUAGCACAUCUGGGGAAUGCCGACAUGAUCCAGCCGGGGCUCAUCCCCCUGCAGCCCAACCUGGACUUCAUGGACACAUUUGAACCUUUCCAGGACCUCUUCUCUUCCAGCCGCUCCAUUUUUGGUUCCGUGCUGCCUGCUCCUGUCUCAGCACCUGCACCAGAUCCCAACAGCCCACCUGCUCAGGAGAGCAUCCUGCCAGCCCCUGCUCUCCCCACCGUGAACCUCCCUGAUGGCCUCAUUUCACCUCCUGCAGCCACCACCCUAGACCCUACGGAUAGGCCGGGAUGCGAUCGAGCUCCCCGACCUGGAGACCCCUUUAUCCAGCCUACAGACUUCGGUCCCUCUGCACAGCCUCUGAGUGUCCCCCAGCCUUUCCUCCCAGUGUUCACCAUGCCCUUGCUGUCUCCCAGCCCUGCCCCGGCGCCUGCUUCCCCUGCUCUGCCCAACGGGGGCUAUGCUUCUUCUGGGGAGCACUGUGCAGUGGGCCUGGGCCUGGGCCCAGCCAGGCCGCCCGUGGCUCAGGGACACCACCCUCACCUUCUUGUUCUGGCAGCUGCCUUUUCAGGACAACCUCAAGCAGUGAUUAUGACAUCAGGCCCUCUGAAGAGAGAAGGGAUGUUGGCUUCUACUGUGUCCCAGUCCAAUGUGGUCCUCACGCCUGCCUCCAUUGCCCGGGCUCCUGGAGUCACGGAGUUCCACAGUGGCAUCCUGGUGACAGACCUUGGCCAUCCCACGAGCAGCCAGCCAGCCCCUGUCUCUCGGCUCUUCUCUCCAGGCACAGUGCAAGAGUCCCUGGUGAAGGGCGAGCAGGCCUCUGCCACGGGUUCCAGUCGAGAUUGCCCAAACUCAGGGCAGGCCUCUCCAUGUGCUUCAGAGCAGAGCCCCAGUCCCCAGUCUCCCCAGAACAACUGCUCAGGGAAAUCUGCAGACCCCAAAAAUGUGGCUGCUCUAAAGAACCGGCAGAUGAAGCAUAUUUCAGCUGAGCAGAAAAGGCGCUUCAACAUCAAGAUGGGCUUUGACACCCUUAACAGUUUGAUCUCUAAUAAUUCCAAGCUGACCAGCCACGCCAUCACGCUGCAAAAGACCGUGGAGUACAUCACCAAGCUGCAGCAGGAGCGGAGCCAGAUGCAGGAGGAAGCCCGACGGCUGCGGGAAGAAAUCGAGGAGCUCAACACCACCAUCAUCUCCUGCCAGCAGCUGCUCCCCGCCACAGGAGUCCCUGUCACCCGGCGCCAGUUCGAUCACAUGAGAGACAUGUUUGACGAGUAUGUGAAAAGCCGGACCCUACAGAAUUGGAAGUUCUGGAUUUUCAGUAUCAUCAUCAAGCCGCUGUUUGAGUCCUUCAAGGGGAUAGUGUCCACCAGCAGCCUGGAAGAACUGCACCGGACGGCACUGUCCUGGCUGGACCAGCACUGCUCCCUGCGCGUCCUCAGGCCAACGGUGCUGAACACCCUCCGGCACCUGAGCACCACCACCUCCAUUCUGACAGACCCGUCCCAGCUGCCGGAGCAGGCGGCAGAGGCUGUCACCAGAAUUGGCAAGAGAUCGGGGGAGUCUUAG